AUGGUACCCUGGUAAACACAUUAACUGGUGUUGGUGUUACACCGAGGAGUGCUGUACAAGGAGGGGUGCUUUUAUUGCUGUUCUCAAGAAGAACACAAGUGUGAGGAGGAUGGAACGCCUGGCCUCCUUCAGUAAUGACCCUUUUGAUAAACCACCUUGCAGAGGCUGCUCUUCCUACCUCAUGGAACCAUACAUCAAAUGUGCAGAAUGUGGGCCUCCUCCCUUUCUCCUGUGUUUGCAGUGUUUCACACGAGGAUUUGAGUAUAAGAAACACCAGAGCGAUCAUACUUAUGAAAUCAUGACGUCAGAUUUUCCUGUCCUGGAUCCCAGCUGGACAGCUCAGGAGGAAAUGGCACUUCUAGAGGCCGUGAUGGAUUGUGGAUUUGGAAACUGGCAGGACGUGGCCAAUCAGAUGUGCACAAAAGCAAAGGAGGAGUGUGAGAAACAUUAUAUGAAACACUUCAUUAACAAUCCCUUGUUUGCAUCUACAUUGCUGAACUUGAAGCAGGCAGAAGAGUCACAAAACGCUGACACGGCCAUUCCAUUCCACCCUGCUGAUGAUCCUCCACGACCUACCUUUGAUUCCUUGCUCUCCAGGGACAUGGCUGGGUAUAUGCCGGCUAGAGCUGACUUUAUUGAGGAAUUUGACAACUAUGCUGAAUGGGAUUUGAGAGAUAUAGAUUUUGUGGAAGAUGACUCAGACAUUUUACAUGCUUUGAAGAUUGCAGUUGUAGAUAUCUAUCACUCCAGGUUAAAGGAAAGGCAGAGGAGAAAAAAAAUUAUAAGAGACCAUGGCCUUAUCAACCUCAGAAAAUUUCAGAUUUUGGAGAGACGAUACCCCAAGGAGGUCCAAGACCUUUAUGAAACAAUGCGACGGUUUGCAAGAAUUUUAGGCCCAGUGGAGCAUGACAAGUUCAUUGAAAGCCAUGCAUUGGAAUUUGAACUGCGAAGAGAAAUAAGGCGUCUACAGGAAUACAGGACGGCAGGAAUCACUAACUUCUGUAGUGCAAGAACUUAUGAUCACCUCAAGAAGACGCGAGAGGAGGAGCGCCUAAAGCGCACGAUGCUUUCCGAAGUCCUCCAGUACAUCCAGGACAGCAGCGCCUGCCAGCAAUGGCUCAGUCGACAAGCUGACAUUGAUUCUGGCCUGAGUCCCACAAUGCCAGUUGCUUCAAAUUCAGGUAGACGGAGUGCCCCCCCACUGAACCUCACAGGUCUCCCGGGCACAGAGAAACUUAACGAGAAGGAGAAAGAGUUCAGCCAGCUCAGACCAAAGGACUAAAUCUCAGUCAACCGUAUUAGGCCAAACCUACCGAAGUUGAGUUAUAACACUAUGAUGAUCAAUGGCAGAUGAAACAGUUCAUUCUUGCCGUUUUGUGCUUUGUCCAAAUUUCUGCCCUUGGAUAUGCAUACGAAGCUCCUAGUAACUUUGGUGGGAGCUGACAUUUCAAAGAGCAGAAUUUGGCCUUCUUUAAGAAACUGUUUGUUAACUUGGCCUAGUAAUUGAGCACUGCACUACCAUAUAGAAUACCAUGGUUCAUCUCCCAAUUCCUAUGAGAGACUGACUUAUCUAGCUAAUUAAAAACAGCCAUGGAAGGUUGAUGGGAGGCCCAUCUACUAAUCUUUCAAAUGGAAGAUGGUGGUCUUGACAUGGAGGAAGACAAUAGAAACAAGGUCUUUAUCUUGCCACAUAUUCUACCAAGGAGCAAAUGUCAGUACAUUUGAUGUGCACUAGAUGAAUUUUAGAUUCUCUUUCCGCCACAGCAAUCAAUUGUGUUUUCCAUUCAUUGGAUCUAGCAGUUGUGAAAAACUUUACCAAUGGACAUGGUAUUUCUGGCUCAAUUCAACAUACAGAUAAUUUUGCCCAAACAUUAGCUUACGGGAGAGUCAGAUUUCCUUGUCUGCAGAGUUCAGAGAAGGUCUUUCUUAUUGAGAUCUUGUGUCUCAGCUGAUUUCUGUCAAUGGGGUUCAGUCACUGAGCACUUCAUUAUUGAAAAGAAGGGGCAGUCAGCAUCUCUACUGGUAUCCUUACAGCACAGAACCAAGGGGAAAGCCCAUAUUUGAGAGCCACAUGGAACCUUUCCUGUCAAACAACAGAACCUGAGAGCUUUUGGGAAUCAGUAUUUUCAAUCUGCAGGAGAGACUAGGGAUUGUCAUCUUAAUAAGCUCAGUUAUUGUCAAUUGCAUAAUGUCCACCAUGCAUAAUGUUGCUUUGCAUAAUUUUCUGCCCUAAUCUGCUAGAGAGGGCAAAUAGCUGCUUUUAUAAAAGGGUAUUUAAAAAAAUUUUAAAAAGUCAUAGUUUGUAGGGGAUUAAUAGAUAGAUACCCUUUCUGGCAUUUGUCCAAUGUGCUGAACUGGUGGUUGUGAGUCCCUUCAGCAUGUGCACUUCUCUUCACUUCUGCACUGACACCACCCAUGCUGGAUGCUAACACGUCUGCAAUAUUAGGUUCUUGCUCUCAUCUCCCUAGUGUAUUGUCAGUAAAGAAUGUUUUCUAAAGCAGCAGCUAGCAGCAGAGCACUCCUCUCAGCAAACUCUUCCUCUUAUUACUUGCAGGUUGGACUCGCUUGUAAUUGCCAUUUCCCUCCCGCCCCCGGGGGAAAAUAAGUGUGGUUUUUGGUUGUCAUUCCUUCCUCCCACUGCUUCCCCCCCCGCCCCACCCCAGGUAUUGCAAGACGAGCAAGUGUGGCAGAUGUUAACAUUUAUUAACUUUACCUUUGUCUUCUAGCUCUGUCAGAUGGUGAGAUUGGUUCCUGGAGCCUAUUUAGAAUAUAAAGCUGCUUUAGUGAAUGAGUGUAACAAGCAAGGAGGCUUGAGAUUAGCCCAAGCUAGAGCACUCAUCAAGAUCGACGUGAACAAAACCAGGAAAAUCUAUGACUUCCUGAUCAGAGAAGGAUACAUCACCAAAGCCUAAAGACACAUGUUGAAGCCCUGGCGUGAGUGACAUAUGUGGAGAUAGCUUUGACAGUACUGAAAGUUUUUAACUUUGUUGAAUCAAGGACUCUGGGGUUUUUUGGUUUUUUUUUUUUUUUGGUUAAAAAGUAGGGAACUUUGUCAAAUUGUCUGAAUACUGACAUUUCUUUGUCUAGUUUUCUUUUGACUCUGCUGUAUAAACACUCCUAUUGUCAGUAUUAUGCUGCCAUGUACUUCCAAAAGAGUUGUGUGCCAUAUAAGCUAAUAUUAAAUGUGAGUAGACAUUCAUUU